GCUCGCAAACAGACUGACAGAAAAUGGCACUGAAAUGGGGAAUUGUGGGGGCUUCGAAAAUCUCGCACGACUUUUGCACCGCUCUGCGUUCACAGCACACCGCUAAACCACAUGAGAUACAUGCCAUAGCCAGUCGAUCGAAAGCUAAUGCAGAUGAGUUUGCCCAGAGGCAUGACAUCCUGCAUGCCUAUGGGAGCUACGAGGAACUGGCGCAGAACGUCAACAUCGAAGUGGUUUAUGUGGCGGUCUUAAACCACAUGCACUUCGAAGUGGUGAAGAUGAUGUUGGAAGCGGGGAAGCCAGUGGUUUGCGAGAAACCCUUCGCGAUGAACCACAAUCAAGCCAAGGAGCUCAUCUCGUUAGCUAAAAAGGAGAACCUUUUCCUUAUGGAAGGACUGUGGACGCGCUUCUUUCCAGUCUAUCGACACUUUAGCGCCGCGCUGACCAGAAACGCAUUUGGCGAUAUCCGAGAGGUGUAUGUGAAGCAUGGAUUCUGUGGUUCGGAUAGCGCACGCAUAGUUCGGAAAGAUAUGGGCGGAGGUAUUGUGCUAGAUAUCGGCUGUUAUGCAAUACAGUUGGUGGUUCUGGUGUUCCAGGAGGCGCCCAAGUCGAUUAAGGCAGAGGGUAAAAUAAAUUCGAACGGCAUUGAUUUGUUCUUCCAAGCCGACUUGGAAUUCUCAAAGGGUCGUCGCGCUUACAUCACAUGUUCCGGCUUGGAAGCAUUGGAAAAUCAGUCAACUAUAAUCAGCACCAAAGGACCCAUUUGUAUGCCAACCUAUUGGUGUCCGAGCCAUUAUAUUGCCAACGGUCAGCUGCAUGAAUGGAGGCUGCCAAUCACUGCUGACAAUUGGAACUAUACGAACUCUAUUGGCCUCAUCUACGAGGCAGAUCAUGUCUUUGAAUGCAUCAGAGCCGGUCAAACUAUUUCUGAAAUUGUGCCGCCCACAGAUACUUUGCUUAUCGCCCAGAUUCAAGAUGAAAUUCGCAAGCAAAUUGGCGUGCAAUAUGAUUGCGAUGAGAGCCUAUAAUCCAGAUUAAAUUUCUAUUUAUAUACAACUUUUCGAAGCGCCGACUGGCCAGAGGCAAUGUUAUUACGCCCUAUGCCUAAUUUUAUUAUGAAAUAAAACUGAUGCGUGUAAACGCUUUGAAGAUAGAAA